AUGAUACGCUCCGCGCCUGCGCCUCGAGCAGCGUCGAGCCCGUCCCUCGCGCGCUGGACCUGCCGAGCGUGCCUCGCGCGCCGCCCCUACUCCAGGAAACCUGACGCGCGCGAGCCCCCAGACCACAGAAGGCUGGGCUUGCAACAAGAGCUCUUCAUCACGUCCGUAUACAGCCCCGGGUCGCCCAUCUUCCUACCGCACGGCGCCACAGUGUUCAACCGGCUCGUCGACUUCUUGCGCAAGCAAUACGUCCGAUACGGCUUCCAGGAGGUCAUCACGCCCACCAUAUACAAGAAGGCCCUGUGGGCCAAGUCGGGCCACUUGCAGCACUACGCCGACGACAUGUACUCGGUGACUGGCGCCAGACACGCUGCCAGCAAGGACGCCGAGAACCGCCGCGGCGGGCCCUGCUGCGGGGGGCAAGGCUUCCCCACGGAAGCCGACGACGCCGAGGCCGACGAUGAGUACGGUCUCAAGCCCAUGAACUGCCCUGGCCAUUGCCUCAUCUUCGCGGCCAAGCCCCGCAGCUACCGAGAGCUUCCCGUGCGGUACGCCGACUUUGGCCCCCUGCACCGAAACGAAAUCUCCGGAGCCCUGUCCGGCCUGACGCGCCUGCGCCGCUUCCACCAGGACGACGGGCACAUCUUCUGUCGGCCGUGCCAAGUCGAGGGGGAGAUUGGGAGGACGCUGGAUUUCGUCAAGGGCGUUUACAACGUGCUGCGACUGGGGGUGAGCUACAGGCUUGCCCUGUCGACGCGGCCGGCCCAUCACUUUAUCGGGACGGAGGAGGAAUGGGACCGGGCCGAGGACCGACUCAAGCGAGCAUUGGACGCAUCGGGCAUGGACUGGAGCAUCAACCAGGGAGACGGCGCUUUCUACGGCCCCAAGAUUGACGUCGUGGUCAAGGACUCGGAUGGGAAAGAGCACCAAACCGCGACGAUCCAGCUCGACUUUCAGCUCCCAAAGAGAUUCGAGCUGGAGUACCAGGCGCCAGCGCCGGAAUACGAAGCGAGAGGCGAGACGACGACGGACCCCGCCCUGCUUGCGGAAUACGGUCCCGUGCGGCCCGUCAUGAUUCAUCGAGCCGUCCUGGGCUCCGUGGAACGAUUGAUGGCCCUGCUGAUGGAGUCGUACGGCGGCAAGUGGCCCUUUUGGCUGAACCCGCGCCAAGCCGUCAUCCUCACCGUCAAUACUUCCCAGCCCGUCCUCGACUGGGCAGAAGAGGUCAAGGAGAUACUGCUGGGCCUGAGGAAAGAGGCAGAGGCCGGCUCGCCGAGCGUGACCGGGCCCCCCAACCCAACCGGCUUGUCGGUCGAGCUUGACUGCACAGCACGUUCGUUGGGCUCCAAGAUUCGCGAUGCGCGGAGCAGUGGCUACAGCCAGGUGCUUGUCGUCGGAGAGGAGGAUGUCAAGAACCGCCAGGUCAGCCUGGGCAAGGAGAGGAUGAGUCCCACGGAGAUGCGCCAACGAUUGCGCAGCAUGGCGGAUGCAUUCGAAUAA